CAGUAGACUGUUGUUUGAUGGCGGGGAGUCUCUUGAUAUUUUAUUCACGCCAUCAGAAGCCGAGGGAUCUCGGGCUGUAGCUACGAUUUAGGAUACCAAAUAAGGGCAUUAAUUUGCUUGCUCCCUGCAAUGGGUGUGGGGCAUCAAUUCCCCUGGAUCAGAGCGCGUUGGAAUGGGAGCUUGCGGACCUGUCUGUUAAUAAUGUAAUUAAAUGUAAUCGUUCUGCAGGCCCAUUUGCUGUCCGUCAGUGAAAAUUCAAUCGUAGCCGAAACCUUACUUCACUACCUGGAUCAGUCAAGACAAAAGCGCUUGUUGGUCUGCAGGUGUCAGGAUAGAGAAAAUAAACCAAUUUAUAUACUGGUACCGAUAUUUAUUUGAACAAGCGGAAGUAUAUUUGCAUCUAAAGACUAUUAUUAGUGAUAUAUCUCACGGAUGAAAAUUCACAGCUUCGGAGAGAAAGACUAGGAUUUACUGAAGAAUUAUUGGUGAUCAUUUGAAAAUAAAGCGUUUAGCGAAAACAAUUGCUGAAUAUGAACAAGGAAACUUUGAACACAGCACUUAGAUUUUUCCAAACUGAAAGGCCUUCUUACGAACUGUUUGACAAAGGUCGGAGACUCGAUUACCUACGCAAACAUGAUCUGAAUUACUCUGAGUUUUUCCGAGAUUUUCUGCUUCCUAAUUACCCAUGCGUUCUGUCACCCGAGUUCACAGCUGACUGGGGAAGCAGACAACAGUGGGUGAAAGGGGACGGGAGUCCGGACUUCGAACACUUGCUGAAACACUUCGGAGAUUCCAUUGUACCUGUGGCCAACUGUGACGUGAAGGAAUAUAAUGCAAAUCCAAAGCACAAUAUUCCUCUAAGGGAUUAUUUCAGUUAUUGGAGAGAACACAGGGAGAGUAGUUAUUCAUCUCCACGCGGUUGCCUGUACAUGAAAGACUGGCAUAUGCGCAGGGACUUCCCCAAUCAUGGAGUGUACAAUACACCCGACUUCUUCCAAUCUGACUGGCUGAAUGAAUACUGGGAUACUAUCAAACUGGAUGAUUAUCGUUUCACUUACAUGGGUCCCAAAGGAUCAUGGACACCAUUCCAUGCUGAUGUAUUCCGAUCCUACAGCUGGUCAGCCAACAUCUGCGGGAGGAAGAAAUGGCUAUUAUUUUCUCCUGGACAGGAGGAACAUCUGCGAGACUGCAGUGGUAAUCUUGUUUAUGAUGCUGAGUCUCCAAUCCUGCAGGACAAGAAUUUAUAUCCAAACUACAGCCAGUGCUGUCAACCCAUUGAGGUGGUGCAAGAAGCUGGAGAGGUCAUCUUUAUCCCUAGUGGUUGGCACCAUCAAGUAUACAACCUGGAGGACACCAUCUCAAUCAACCACAACUGGCUCAAUGGCUGCAACAUAGACAUUAUGUGGAGUUUUCUACAGGGGGAACUAACAUCUGUCCAGGGCGAGAUUGAGGAGUGGAAGGACCAUAUGGAGGAUUGGCACCAACACUGUCAGGUACUAUUGAAAUCAUGCACUGGAAUCAACUACUGUGAAUUCUACACCUUUCUGAAAAUAAUUUCUAAAAAUAGGAUGGCCAUACUAGAUACUUCUGCAGAAGGCAGCGCUCCUCUCAAAAAUGCAUUUCCCUUAGAACUGUCUGCACUUGGGCCGUAUCACGCAGUGUUUGAUUUAUACCGAAGUGAAAGUGUGCUAACUUCAUUGCUUGCCAAUGAGACCUUUAAUAGACUAGAUACAGACUUGCUAGAUCCUCGGCCUGAGGACAUGUUACGCGAAAUUCGAGAAGUAUUGGAUGCUACCUCAUUGUAAUGUUCUGCUUUUGUGUGGUCAUUUCAUGUAAACUAAGUUAUGUUCUAACCUCUCUUAUGAAGUGAAGGGAAAUCAUAAAACAGGCUUAAUGCUAAGAAGAUCAGAGUGAGAAGAAAAUGGUCAGUGUAAUACUCACUGUGUACCUGUUGCAAGCUGGUACAUGGAUUUGGGUGCAAUGCACAAGCACUAGGAUAGUAGGUAAUUAUGUCAUUUUCCUGGCAAUCCAGAAAAUAAAAUUUCAAAUCCCAUUGAUGUUGAAACAUUGGAUUGUGUGGGGAAAACAAAUCUGGAAAUGAAAGGCUUGAGCUAUUAAAACAGCGGCCAUGAAACUGGAAGAGAAACCAAGCUGCCUUACUGUGCUUCCUUUAGCAGAAAAUAUGUAACAUGGCCAGCUUAUGAUUCUGCAAUGCACCUCUAAUUGAUCUGGUGAAACGCUCAGAUACAAAACAAAAUUGUUGGAGCCAUUAAUUUUUCAGAUUGCAGCUACUUAAAUGAAAAGUGGACUCUGUUACAAUCCAAAACACAAGGCUGUAACAGAUAUUCCUGCAUGGAUAAAGCACUGGAGGAAGACAAGCCAGUGACUUUAUUAUAGUGCAGCAGCCUCUGAGAAGUUGGGUUCUUAAUCACAGGAACGGGACUUCAAACAUAUAGAAAGCACACAGAGGCACCAUUGAAAUCAAAAUGAUGUGUUGAAGAGUAACUAAACGUGUAUUUCAAAACAAUUGUUGAACAGCAAAGUAUUUUAUUUUUAUACUUUCACUGCUAAUUUUAAAUGUUUUUUUUUGGCAUCCUCACCGUGAAAGCUGUGCUGAGGUAACCGGAGCUGGAACCUGACCAGGGUUCUGAUCCAAGUGGAAUUAAGAGACUUCAUUCUUUGCCCAGAGUCUAGUGGAGUAACUUCUGUUAAAAAGUGCAAAGGGCUGGUCAAUAUUUGAAAAAUGUCAGGAAGUAAAAUGUUCAAAGGCCAGCGGCAGGAGCUGAUUGGAGUUCAAAGCCUAGUUUUCGGAGUCCCAUCAUCACUGCUUUGAGGUCUGGAGCUUGAGCCCUCAUCCAGGGUCCUCAGUUGUCAGCAUCUGUGACUCCUGGGUUGAUAUCAAAGAUUAAAGCAUAAAGGUCAAUUGAAGCAGUUGUUGCCUUAUUGCUUGGCAUGUUCUGUUUUAUUGUGUUCUUGGGUCUGCUGAGCAUUGUGGGCAUGCUAUGUUGCCACCACGUUGUUGGGCAACAGUUGUGGGCUGCCCCCAGCACAUCCUUGGAUGUAUUGGUUCUUAAUGCCAAUAACACAUUUCACUGUAUGUAUGUUUCGAUAUAUAUUUGAUAAAUAAAUCUGAAUUUGAUCUAGACCUAUUCCUUGGAUUGUAGAUGAUAACUCAUAAGCAACACUUUCAAAACCAAGUUAUUGCUGAAAUAAGAAAU